AUGCAAUUCUACGCCGUAUUCCCGGGGUUAUGUCUUGCAAUCCUCCUCACCGCUCUCGAGUCCUCCAUCCUCGGCAUUGCCCUCCCCUCAAUAACCGCCUCUCUCGAUUCAGGGGCUCUUUACAUCUGGGCGCUCAACGGCUACUACCUCGCCGUUGCCGUCGUGCAGCCCGUAUACGGCCAAUGCGCCGAUAUCCUGGGUCGCCGGAUCCCCAUGACGGCCGCCUUGGUCUCUUUCACACUGGGGAGUGGGAUUUCCGGUGGCGCCGUUUCCAUUGAAAUGUUGGUAGCAGGACGGGUGAUCCAAGGGGUUGGAGGGGGGGGCAUCAUGGUCAUGGUUUAUAUCAUUAUUGCUGACCUGGUCCCCUUACGCUUCCGACAGAAGUACACUGCCAUCACGAUGUCCUUCUUCGCGCUGGGCAUGUUCGUCGGGCCGAUUAUAGGGGGCGUCAUCGUAACCAAAGCUUCUUGGCGGUGGAUUUUUUACCUCAAUGUGCCCAUCGGCGGUGUGGCGCUCAUUCUGGUGUCCUUCUUUCUCAAGCUUAAGCAUGACCGCCGCGGAGCGACCCUGGCGAACCUCAAGCGGAUCGACUGGCUGGGCAACGGCAUCCUCACGGCGACCGUAGCGUCUAUCCUGAUUGCCUUGACCUGGGGCGGCACGCUGUAUUCGUGGAAAUCAUCGAAUGUCCUGGCUCCCUUUCUCGUAGGUCUUGCCGGCCUGGUGAUUUUCGCACUGCACCAAGUCUCCUUCAGUCCAUCGCCAAUAACACCUUCGCGGCUGUUCAGCCACCGGGCAUCGCUCAUCGGCUUCGCCAUCUCCUUCCUCCACGGCGUGAUCCUCACCUGGGUAGGCUGGAUGCUGGCAGCCUACUUCCAGGCGCUGAAGGAGUGUACCCCUCUCCAGACGGGUGUCAACGUGCUCGCCUUGGCCAUUUUGUUCCCGCCCUCGGGCAUAAUCGGCGGGCUCGUCAUCGCUAAGACGGGUCGGUACAAACCCCUUCUGAUAGCGGGUCUGGCUCUGAUACCCCUGGGAGCGGGUUGUUUCACGACCCUGAACCCGGAAUCGACAACGGGUAUGGGCGUCGGGUUUCAAAUACUACUGGCUGUUGGUUUGGGCCUAACGAUGCAGGCCGCUCUCCCUGCUAUCCAGGCAACGCUCCCCGAAGAGGACGUUGCCCUCGCCACGGCCGCUUGGGGAUUCGUGCGCAGUUUUGGGUUUAUCUGGGGGGCUGCCAUCCCGGCGGCUGUGUUCAACUCGCGAGUAGACAGUCUGCUCGGGCAGAUCAGCGAUCCGGGGGUUAGGCAGCUGUUGGCUAGGGGUGGAGCGUACGAGCAUGCCACGAGGAAGUUCAUCACAUCGUUCAACGACAGUCCGGAACUAAAGAGGGAUAUCCUGAACUUGUAUACGUUGUCGUUGAGGGAGACGUGGCAGGUUCUUAUAGGGUUUGCUGCGGUUGCUUUCUUGUUGUCGUUGUGCAUUCCCGAGGUGCCCCUGAGGAAAACGCUCGAGACCAAGUUUGGGUUGAAAGAGGGUGGGGAAGAUUGCAAGUCCGGAAAAGGGCACGAAGGAGAAGGAAUUGAAGGGUGA